GCAACAUGCACGCGUUUCGAAGCAUUCAGUACCAUGGCAUCGUCUAGCAGACGAAUUCGGCCUGUCCUUUUCCUCUAAGUUCCGUUUUUUUAUGUGUCGAACUUCCGUUGAAGUCACAGAACAUCAAACUAAACUAUGGAAUAUCAAAGAGAACCAUGCCCCUGGCGAAUUGUUGAUGAUUGUGGUGGAGCCUUCACCAUGGGAGCUAUCGGUGGAGCUGUCUUCCAGAGCAUCAAAGGAUUUAGGAAUGCCCCAAGUGGUUUCCAAAGACGAGCAUUUGGCAGUAUAAUUGCAGUCAAGGAAAGGGCUCCAAUUAUUGGUGGAAAUUUUGCUGUGUGGGGUGGAAUGUUCUCCACCAUAGAUUGCACAUUAGUUUACUUGCGACAGAAAGAAGACCCCUGGAACUCUAUCAUCAGUGGAUUUGCAACUGGUGGUAUCCUAGCUGCUAGAAACGGUGCGGGUGCCAUGGUCGGCAGCGCAGUUGUUGGAGGUUUAAUUUUAGCCCUAAUCGAAGGAAUGGGCAUUCUUUUCACGCGAAUGACAGCUGAUCAAUUUCGGCCGAUGAGCCCUCCCACAGAAGAGCCGAUGAAUUCUCCACCUUCAUUUGGAUCCCAACAGUACCAGUAGCCAAACGUCAUAAUCUAGCCAGCCAAUUUCCUCUCUGUUGUUUCCCCCAAUUCUGUUUAUCCUCGUUUCCUCGACGGUAGUGCUCACACGCCAUAGCAUGCGAUACGUGAGUCAGUGAUUUAUAUUAAUUGAUUGGGCGCGCAUCAUGCAGCCCCAUUCUUCUGUCUUGGUACCGUAUGUUUAUCCCGGCAUUUUCCUCCCGUCUACCGUGCUGUUGACAUUUAAUGCCGCUGUUUGACGCAUCUCAAUCAAGUGUAUAAAGAAACGGAUUACAAGUAAGAAACACCACCACCAAA